UUCUGUGGAAUCUGUGGCUCUGGGUCAAAAUGGGGGAAUCCACAAGUUCCAGUGGCCUGGACCUGCCUGACGAGUCCAUCACACUGACAAACUACAUACUGGACCCACACAAGAUCCCUUUUGUGGUGAAACAGAGGUGUUCUGACGAUAACAUUGAUGAUGAGGAGGAGGAGGUGGGCUUCAUCAACUGGGUCCCUUGUGAACACUUCUCAGUGAAUGUGGGUAAGAGGCAGAUCGCGGAAUACGUCCGAACAUGGAACAUGCCUUCGUGCUGGAUCUACAGCCUUGACUUUCUUGGUUCCGUUGAAGAACUGGACUGCACUCUGUACCACUACCAGGCCUGCUUCAGCUGCCCGACACCCCGGACACCCAUCUUAGGCACAGCCAGUGUCUUCUUCACCAUGGAUGUGUCCCGGUCCAAAGACCAGAGUCUGCCUGUGGACACACACUUUGUGGUCGAGUCAAACAGACUGGUGCACAAACCCGGUCGAGGACAGUUCCGUGAGAAGUGGCUAUCAGAUGUUAUCAAGAGCAAAAGUGCUCUGAGGAGACAGUACGAGCUCUGAGCUGACAUCGGACCAUCCCUUCAAAGACUCAAAUGGAGGCGUUAUUGGAGAUCAUGUCCUCUGCCGGCAUCUUCCAUUCCUUUAUUUAAAUCUUUUCUCUGUACUGCUGAAUUUGGUUGUUUUAAUUCCCGGUCAAGAGUG